AUGAUGCAACUCAUACUAAAUCUUCUACGACCAAGUCGUCCCAAACCUCCCCCGUCUGGUCAACAUAUCUUGAACGGAGCCCAAAACACUACGAUAGGACAGGCGGUGUUCAAUAACGUUGGUGGCGACCAAGUUCAAAAUCACAACCAUAAUCACAACUAUUUCACCAACUUACUUUGGGAAGCGAUUGCAGACGUCGGAGCCUCUCAUGAUUCGGAACAGCAGGUUGACCGCGGUCAGUGUCUUCCUGGAACUCGUGAAGCAGUUCUUAAACUUAUUCGGCAAUGGAGAGUCUCCGAAUGCGAGGCUUCACCAAUAUGUUGGCUUUCUGGUACUGCAGGUGUAGGGAAGUCGACUAUUGCAUUGACUGUCGCCGAGGAAUGCGAGAAGGAUGGGCGCAAUGUGGCUUCGUUCUUCUUUUUCAGGUCAGACGUAAAGCGAAACAAUCCUUCCUCCCUCAUUCUAUCUAUCGCACACGGUCUUGUAUUAGCGAGACCGCAUCUAAAACCAUUGGUUGAGCAGAGAAUCGCCGCUGACCCCCGGAUACUCAAGGCUAGGUUGGAAGAUCAAUACCAGAAACUGAUCCUGCAGAAUCUAAAUCAUCCUCCCCCUUCAUCUGAUCAAAGGAUGCCCAACCUGGUCAUCAUCGAUGGUCUCGAUGAAUGUGGUGAUGCUGCUAUGCAGCGUCGUGUGCUCUCCAUUAUAUUUUCCACAUAUCAACAACCAUUCCAAUACCCUUUGCGGUUCCUGAUAUGCGGCCGCCCCGAAUCCUGGAUCCAAGAAGAAUUUAGUCGGUUCAGUGCCAGACUGACUAAACAUAUCAAACUGGAUGAUUCGUUCCUCCCCCAGUAUGACAUCGAGCUGUACCUCAAUCAGCAGUUCCAGGAGAUCCGCAGAGACCCCAAAUAUUCACAGAUCGCAUUCCCAGACCCGUGGCCGUCUCCCUCUCAUGUUAAGUUGUUGGUUGAGAACGCCGAUGGCCAAUUCGUUUAUCCGUCGACUGUGAUAAAGUUUAUCAGGACGGAUUACACACUUCCGACUGACCAGUUUCGCAUCAUUCUCGGUACUAAUCCAAUCCAUUCUCUGUAUCUCCGACACAUUCGCCCUUCAGUGAUCUGGACGAACUCUAUCUGA